UUUUCGUAUCUUGUCAUAUUUCCCUGGAAUGGCCGCGUUGGAUAUUCAAUAACUGAUAAAAAGGUCUGGGAUGGCGGAUGCGACUGCGUCGCCUGCAGUAAGCCGGAUCUGGCUGCUCGUGAAGGCCGUUAUUCUCCGAGCGCUUAUGCGGAUUGGCAUGUUCUUUCAUGGAUAUCCUCUGCCUGGGCCGCCAACUCCGCAUUUCACACGAAGGUUACCAGGGCAUUCGGUAAAGCUUCACUUUUAUACCCCCAAGGAGUACGCCAACGCUUCAUCAAAUGGCCACAGGUAUCCGGUGGUGGUCAACUUUCAUGGCGGCGGUUUCUGCUUGGGACGGGCUACCGAUGACGCUCGUUGGGCGCAAAUCGUUACCAACAUCGCGAACGCAGUGGUUGUAAGCGUUGAUUACCGCCUAGCGCCCGAACAUCCGUUCCCGGCUGCUGUCGACGAUGGAGUGGAGGCUUUGCUAUAUCUUCAAGAGCAUGCCUCGGAGUUACACCUUGAUACCAGCCGAGUUACCCUUUCAGGCUUUUCUGCGGGAGGCAACUUAGUUUUCUCAGUCCCGCUGCUCCUACGAAGCCGUUUCUCCGCAUCUAGACCGCCAAACCUCAGCUACUUUUCCUCAUCAUCUCUAGAGAACGCCAGCCGACCAGACCUCUCUCGCUAUGACUCCAGCCACAAGCUCCUGGCCACCACCACCACCACCGCCACCGAUCUCAACCUGAAAAUAGUCUCCCUCGUCUCCUGGUACCCCGUCCUUGACUUUGUCCUUCCCCGUGAUGUCCGGCGCGGCCGAUGCGCCCACCCCAAAAAGUCGCUUCCCUCAUGUCUCACCACCCUCUUCGACAACAGCUAUCUUCCCAACCACGACGAUCGCUCAUCGCCGUUUGCGUCGCCCAUUCGUGCGCCUCCAGACUUGAUCUGCGAGGCCCUCCCUACCGAUGUAUUCAUAUACAUGUGUGAAUGGGAUAUGCUGCUGCACGAAGGGCAAGAAUUUGUGCAUCAGCUGGAAGGACAGGGGAAGAGGGUGCGAUCGAUGAUGAUCGAGCAAUCGAAGCAUGCGUGGGAUAAAUCGGUGAAUCCAUUCAGGGACCAGGGAAGGAUCGACGUGUUUUAUUUGGCGGCAGCAGAACAGAUGAAGAAGAUUUUUGAGAAAGGCGGGGAGAUGGAGUGCCCCUGAUGCUCUAUCAUCCUGCGAUCUACAGUGCCUUUGUUUUCUUUUUACUGGUGGACGAUAUAAUGCACAGCACACCAUGUAUUAUCCUGUGAUCAUGUGUGCCCCCGGUAUUAACACUUUAUACCCUGAUGUCUAUAGCUGUUGUCGGCCAAUAGACAGUCAAUAUAUAUAUGAAUAGACAUUAAUACAAAUGGCAUUGAAUUCGAA